CCUUCACUCCAAAGCCUUUGCCUUCAACAUGAAGAUCUCUGCAGUGCUUCUGUGCCUGAUGCUCAUAGCUGUCACUGUCAGCCCAAUGAAGCUGGCUGGGUCAGAUACGACAUCCCUUCCAGUCACGUGCUGUUAUAGUGUAACAAAUCGUAAGAUUCCCCUUCGGAUGCUGCAGAGCUACAAGAGAAUCAGUAAUAUCCAUUGUCCCCAGGAAGCUGUGAUCUUCCAGACCAAACGGGGUUUUUCUGUCUGUGCAGACCCCACAGAGAAGUGGGUCAAUACAUACAUGAAGAUCCUUGACCAGAAGUCUCAAAUUCUGCAGCCUUGAACCUUCACACCUGGGUUGAGAGACAGCCAAAGCCGGAAUCUUCUCCUAAUCUUCGCCCCUAAUCUUCUCUGGGCAGAGAGAUGUUACAAGUAGAUGGUGCCUGGGCUGGGUGUUUCCUUGUCUCUUAUAUGAGCAACUGAAAUAAAAGCUCACAUUGAUUUGCAAAUGUAA